UACAGUAUCUAACGGAUAUGGCAUUCUUCUCCUAAAUUUGUGCUGCAAGUUCAAGAUCAAUUAAAACCGCAAACUCCUCUGUUCUGCUUUCAUGGCGGAUUCAGACAAUGAGUCUGGUGGUGACGGUGGUGGUAACAAUGAAUUUUCUCAGAGGGAACAAGACAGAUUCUUGCCUAUAGCAAACGUGAGUAGAAUAAUGAAGAAAGCAUUACCAGCAAAUGCAAAGAUAUCAAAAGAUGCUAAAGAAACAGUACAAGAAUGUGUAUCAGAAUUUAUUAGUUUCAUUACAGGUGAAGCAUCUGAUAAAUGUCAAAGAGAGAAAAGAAAAACCAUCAAUGGUGAUGAUCUUUUGUGGGCUAUGACUACUCUUGGGUUUGAAGAAUAUGUUGAACCACUCAAAAUAUACCUUCAGAAAUUUCGUGAAAUGGAAGGUGAGAAAACUUCAUCUACCACGGGUAGUAGGCCUGACAGAGAUGGGGGAUCAGGUGGUGGUGGUGGUAAUGCUGGUGGGAAUUCUAUGGGUGGUUUUGAUGGAAGUGGUGGAGUUUAUGGUGGCGGGAUUCAACCAGGUGGUAAUAAUAUGUUGAUGAUGAUGGGUCAUCAAGGACAAGUGUAUGGUGCUGGUUCAAGUGGUGGAGUUAAGACGCCGGCUUUUCAGAACCAAUGAUGGUCUAAUGCUUUCACUUGGUGACUUGGCUGGCGCGUUCUAUACGAUCUGGGGCGUUGCCUUAGUUUCUCAUUGUCCUUGAAGCAUUUGCUAUUUAUUUGUAAAAUCGUUAUAAUUUUCUAAUCAGAAAAGAUUGAAAAAAAAAAACUUCUAGAAAUUUAUAUGAAGUAUCAAAUAUAGGGGAAGAAGUUUAUGCUUCCAAGA